GUCCUCUUCAUCAUCAUCAUCUUCUUCUUCUUCUUCUUCUUCUUCUUCUUCUUCCUCCUCUUCUUCUCUCUCUAUCCUCAAUCACCCCCUCCUAACUUCAGACUCCUCCCCACCAUGCCCCCCCCCCAGAUCUGCGUCAUCGGUUCCCUGAACAUCGACUUCGUCACCUACACCCCCCGCUGCCCCGCCGCCGGCGAGACCCUCACCGCUGCCGCCCUCGCCAUCAGCGCCGGUGGGAAGGGCGCCAACCAGGCCGUCGCCUGCGGGCGCGCCUCCUUCGCCGCCCCGGACUCCCAGGAUGCCUCCGUCGCCAUGAUCGGGGCCGUCGGCGCCGACGAUCCAUACUACGCGGCGCUGCUCCGCCCCACGCUCGAGGGAUCCGGCGUGAGCACCCGGGGCGUCCAGGAGAGGACCGACAGCCAGACCGGGUCCGCCACCAUCAUCGUCGAGGAGGCCGCCCGCGGGGAGAACCGCAUCCUGGUCGUGCCGGGCGCCAACCACACCGGCAUGGACCAGGUCGACGCCGUGCUCGCCCGCACGCAGGGCCUCCUCCACUCCCACCUGGAGGGUGUGGUGCUGCUGCAGGGCGAGAUCCCGCGCGCCACCACCCUGCGGCUGAUGAAGCACUUCAACGACCCGGCCUGCCGCGCCCACCUCGUCUUCAACCCCGCCCCCGUAUUUCCCGAGGGCAUCCCCCUGCCCGCCCUCGCGGGGACGAGCGUCCUGGCCAUGAACGAGACCGAGGCCGUCCUCAUGACCCACUCGGUCGCGGACCACCUCCGCCCCGGCCAGAACGCCGCCGAGCUCGACCCGGACGAGCUGGCGCCGCUCUUCCACCACCACGCCCAGGUGCACAUCGUCCUGAUCACCCUCGGGGCCAAGGGCGCCUACUUCUCCACCGCCACCGGCAAACGCGGCUUCGCCCCCAGCGCCGCAGUCGAGAAGGUCGUCGACACCACCGCCGCGGGGGACACCUUCGUCGGCUACUUUGCCACGGCCUUUGCUCGCUUCGUCGCGACGGGCGCCCCCCUGCCGGAAUUCGACGCCCACAUCGAAUCGGCCGUCCGGAGGGCGAACCUCGCCGCGGCCGGCUGUGUGCAGCGGAAGGGGGCCAUGCAGAGCAUCCCCUUCGCCUACGAAAUCUGAAUGCCCGCAUCCCUCUACUGCACGACCAUGCACAGGGCUAGACUUCUGACUUCUUUCUUUACUCCCCCAGGCCGAGAGACCAGACACCUGAAUGCCAUGCUCUUAUGCGAACCCGUCCGCGGUGCAAAUCCAGGACGUCGUACACCCUCGCCUUAGACAUCGUCUUUUUACGUAUUUUCACCCCCAGCAGCACCUCUCAGCCCCGAGGGAUUU